GCGAGCAUAUGGUGAUGGAGAUGUAUAUGCUUGUGGUGAAGAUGAAUAUGUUUGUUGUGGUGGAGAUGAAUAUGUUUGUUGUGGCGGCGGGGAUGAAUAUGUUUGUCGCAGUGGCGGAGAUGAAUAUGUUUGUCGCAGUUUUGAAAUUGUUUUUUGA